GCACGUCCUAAGACGCAGGAAACGACGGCUCCUCUUCCGCCAUGGACAAACUCUGAUCGAUCCAAACGAGAUUUUUGCCUUCGGGAUUCAAUGUGAAAGGUUGAACUUUUUACUCCGAGCAGUGAUUUGGGGGAAACGAGAUCGAUUUGGUUUCGAAAUUGAGGCGGAUUUGAUCUCGCUCUCGCGAAGAAUGAACUUUAACAAGCAUGCUAUUAUGGGGGGAGCAGUAGCAGGGGGAGAUGGGUCGGGAGCAGAGGCGAACGGCGGCAGCCGGAGCAUUGGACUGGCGCGGCAGUCGUCCGUCUACUCGCUGACGUUUGACGAGUUCCAGAGUUCUCUGGGGGGAGUUGGGAAGGACUUCGGAUCCAUGAACAUGGACGAGCUCAUCAAGAACAUCUGGACCGCGGAGGAGAGCCAGACCUUGGCGAGCGCCGUUGGAUCUCGCAUCGAAGACGCUGGCCUCCAGAAGCAGGGAUCCUUCACCUUUCCCCGAACUCUAAGCCAAAAGAGUGUGGAGGAGGUCUGGAGGGACCUUGUCUAUCCGGUCCAGGGCCCCCCGGCUACUGCCGGUGCCUCGUACCAGCACCAGCACCAGCAACAGACACUGGGCGAGAUUACCCUAGAGGAGUUCUUAGUCAGAGCUGGUGUAGUCAGAGAGGAACCAGUCACAUCCAGAUCGAUUGCUGAUGCUGGCGAUAGCAGUGGUCAUAACAGAUCUAUCAGGAAUGCGCUCUUCGGUGAUCUACAAGUUGCAAACAAUGCAUCCGGUGUUUCGCUAGGGUUUCUCCCACAAGAUCGAAGCAGUAGAGAUGCGGUUGUUAGCAACCCGACUUCUAAUAGUGCUGCAGCUGCUUUGGCGAUGAUGGUCGCCAAUGACGGAAUUCCAUUGGCAGCGCCACGGCCACGGGGUGAUGUUAAUUUAGCUAGUCCCCGGGGAAUUCGAGGGGCAGGCCUCAUGGGGUUUGGAGAAGUUGGGUUAAACAAUGGAUUGAUGCCUGGAGCUGUUGGUUUGGGUGCAGGAGCAGGUAUCGUUACCACUGCAUCUCCAGUGAACCAUCUACCUUCAGAUUCACUUCCCAAGAGUGGUGGAGAUCAAUCUUCUAUCUUAUCAGUUCCAUACGUUUUCAGUGGAGGUCUGAGAGGAAGGAAGUCCGGUGCUGGGGAGAAGGUGUAUGAGAGGAGGCAGAGGAGGAUGAUCAAGAACAGGGAGUCAGCUGCUAGAUCACGUGCCAGGAAGCAGGCAUAUACCAUGGAGUUGGAACUAGAAGUGGCAAACCUAAAAGAAGUAAACCAAGAAUUGCAGAAGAAACAGGCAGAAAAAAUGGAGAUGCAGCAAAAACAGAUCCUGCAAAUGAUUAAUGAGCAGCGAGGACCGAAGAAGCCAUGCCUGCGAAGAACACAAACAGGCCCUUGGUAAAGUUUUGAAUGGACACUGAUAACAUGAUAUAUCAAAGUUAGCUUCUACAAAGGCCCUGCCUCUAUUGUAAAUCAAAGAAUUAUAUUGCUAUUUUCUAGAGGUUCCAAAUUCUCUUGUUCUGAGCAUCUUACUUUUGAGUGUUUUAAUUGACUUAGCUUUAGGAAACUGUAUCAAACCUCUAUUGUAUAGAUUUCAUUCUUGCAGAUUGCAGACUUUUUUACCACUAAA